GUUUAUAGAUGGGUCCAAAGUAAUCUAAAGAUAAAAAGUAAGAACCUCAGAAGCAGCAACCUUAAAGAGCUCAGGCCUAAUAGAAAAAUGUGAAAUAGAAGCCAGUCGAAGUGACUGAUGAUGUAAUUCAAUAUGUAUGAAUCCUAGAUUUGGAUGUAUGAUUUGAUUUUGUAGUAUUUGGCUUCACCAAUAUGGAGGAAUCCGAUAUCAGACUUUUUGGAUGAGAAUUGCAUUAUUUUUGAUGAUGAGGAGGAGAAUAAGAUUGUGUAUCAAGAGAUACAUAAGGUUAUUUUAAAUUGUAUGCUAGAAAUUCAAAAGUAUGAUUGAGGCGAUGAUUGAAUAAUUGAUGGUCGACAUAGGAGUGGAGGAUGAAGAAUAAUUGAGAAAGGUAAUUGAAAUAGGAUUGAAAAAUAAAAAACAUAGAAAGUAUUUUGAGUAAUUGCUGAUUGUUGAGAAUUUCUUAGUCUUUAAAAAGUUGAUGUUGAAAAGAAACAAGGAAUUGGAAUAUGAAGCCUUAAAGGAAUUGUAGAAAAUAGAUGUAUACAGAAAUCUUCUAUGAUAGGGUGGAAAAAAUCCUGAAAUGGAAAUCAAAGUGAAGCAAGCUGAACUUGAAAAAGAAAGAAUGGAAAUUGAACAUGCUGUUGCAAUGUCGAUAGCUGUUGAAAACGAGAAGGCCAAAAUCUAAAUUCAAGAAGAGGAGGAAUUCAUUGAAGCAAUCAGAUAAAGUUAAAUAGCAUAUGAAAAAUAGUGUAUCUAUUCUAAUACCAUAUUUAGAGGAAGAAAUUUUACUAAGCCAAGUAUAGUAGUAACCAUAGGUUGUCAAUCAUUAGGCCCCAAUCCAAAAUCAAUAACCACAACCUUAACCUGAUUAAAAGCCUGAAUCCAUAUUGAUUUUUGAUGAGGAUGUCCCAUCCAAAAUUGUUCAACCAUAAACAAAACCAUAAGAAAAAUAAGAGCCUGCACCAAUUAAAUAACGAGAGCCCCUACCACAGAUUGUCUAAUAAAAAGUUGAAGUGAUGUCUUUGGCUCAAGAAAGGGAAGCAUUACUUGCUUAAGGAAAUCAAUUAAAAGAAAAUUUAAAGGAAAUUGUAAUUUUUUGAUUUAUUGGGUAGGAAGAAACUUUUAAAUAAAAUAUCAAAAAUUAAUAAGAUUAAGAGACAUUGGAAUAAAGAAAAUAAAGAUUGUAAUAACAAAGAGAAUUAAUUAAGUAGAAAAAAAUUAAAGAGAGACAAGAUGAAUUGAAGAAAUAUUAAGAUGUAAAUCAAUUGUAAUACUUAAAUUAGGGUGAACAACAAGAAUAAAAACCUGAGCAAUAGGAGAAAGGUCCUCUAGUAGUGGAUAUGGUAAAUACAUCAAAUAUAUAUAUAUAUUUAGACUGAAUUUGUGGCUGACCAAAAGAGAGCUUAGGAGUUGGAGUUGAAGAAGUAAGAAUUAAAAAAGAGAGCGGAAUUAUUGAAGAAAAUAAAAUAAGAUGCGUUACAAGAAUAAGGAUGAAAUUAUAAUUAAAUAACAUAAU